GUGUCCUCAGGUCCUGGCAGUGUGUAUGUACCCUAAGCUCCUUGAAGAAAAAAGUCUUCCUCUGGAUGUCCGUCAGAGAGCACAGACACUACUGGGGACCUGUGGAGGAGGGAGCGUGGGUUCGUACUCUAGAUCCUGGGGUUUACCUCUGGUCCUUAUAAGUGUUGCAGAGUUCAUCACAUUGAGAGAUGGUGGAGUGAAGUCAUAUCCAGAGGACAUCAUCUUCUCUACCGGAGCUCAGAAGACUCUGUGGCUGGCUUUACAUCUGAUGGCCAGCGGGGAGGGGACGACUCAGACAGGUGUGCUGACCCCGAUGCCCUGUCCUCACACUUUGCCCACUGUGAUGGAUAUGUACGGAGUGAAGCUGGUGCCAUAUCAGCUGAUGAAGGACAGAGGGUGGGCUGUAGAUCUAGACGAGCUGCACCGAGCAAUGAAGGCUGCUAGGGGGCAUGAGCCCAGAGCAAUGUACAUCAGCAACCCAGGAAACCCCACAGGUCAUGUGCAAGACAGGAAAACAAUAGAAGACGUGAUUCGGUUUGCUGCAGCUGAGGGCCUCGUCUUGCUAGUUGAAGAGGUGUCCCAGGACAGUGUGUUUGGCCAAGACAAAGAGUUUAUUUCCUAUAAGAAAGUCCUGUUUGAGAUGGGGAACCAGUACUCAGAGACAGUGGAGCUGGUCUCCUUCCACUCAAUAUCCAGCGCUUGUAUGGGAGAGGGCGGUCUGAGAGGAGGAUAUAUGGAGGUCAUAAACCUGCAGCCAGAGGUGAAAACAUAUUUACGGAACAUGCAGGUCACAGGCAGCCCUCCAGUGUUGCCCCAGCUAGCUCUGGAGCUCAUGGUCAAUCCUCCCACACCUGGAGAUCUGUCCUAUCAAACAUAUGCACAGGAGAUUCUGCACAUUAAGACAACACUAUCCCAGAAUGCUCAGCGUGCUUGUGAGUUCCUGAAUGAUCUUCCAGGGAUGGCGUGUCAGACAGCGAUGGCCGGAGUCUUUCUUUACCCUUGUCUCAAUUUACCGCCUCAGAUGAUUGAAGAGGCCAAGAUGUUGGGGUUGGAGGCUGAUGUUCUUUACUGUCAGAGGUUUCUGGAGGAAGAAGGUGUGUGUUUGGGAGCAGGCAGUGAGAAUGGACAAGAACCUCAAAACGUACACAUCAGGCUGUGUGUUUUGGCUCCUCCUGACACUCUUGAGGAGGUCUUGGCAUGCCUGCGCUCUUUCCACCUGCGCCUGCUGAGCAGAUUUCCCUGACAGAAAUGUCAAGGACACAGACUAAUGGCAACAAUACCAGAGCAUGCUUUCACACUGUCUGCAAAUCUAUGAUAUUAAAUGUAUUCAAAUGUAAGUGUUUUGACAUGAAAGACUGAUUACACAUUGCA